AGGGAGCAGUGGGGUUAAUACAGAUGUAUCCUACGUGGGCCACAUUUCCUGUGCAGAGCUGCAAAUAUGGCUCAGAGAGAAACCAGCAUAAAGCAAUGUAAAAAAUUCAGCCCAGAGAAUAAAGGGGUUUGUCACAAUGGAAAAUCAUAUUAUAUGGGUGGGGGGAGGAGAUUCUGUGGGAAGUGACUCUUAUCAGAAGUUUUUUUUAAUAGAUGGCACGGUUGUCUGGAGACAGGUGGCUGUGUCCAAAGUGGAUGGGGUGAGUAGAGAAUGCCUUCAAAACAUUACAUUUAUUUGGAGUCAUAGGACAUGUGGGGUUCAAGCACCCUAUUCAAGGUCUAAUGCUUGUUUCGAUGGGAUUAUGGUUUCCUAAGACAGAUAAAAUCACAUUUUAUAAAUAUAUUUGCUGUCACUCAGGACCCAGUGGAUUAUUUCCUUUGAGUAUAUAAAUGCACAUAAUAUUACCCUAUUCUCUUGAUAGGUCUUUGAAUUGUAGGAUGCCCAACCCACAGAACCCCAAGGCUACAUCAGCUCCUUCAAAGGAGAGUGAAACACAGCCUGAUGGGAAAGGAAAAGAGCAAAUCAACCCUUGGAGCCGUAGAGGUGCCGGGGUCAUUUCCCAACUUCAACAGAAUCAUGGGGUAAUGGUUACCCCUUCAGCUGGCUUUAGUCCGCCCUCACAGCUACAGGCUCUUCUUGAAGAUAAGAAACAAACAGUUGUAUUCCAUCCAAACCCAUCACUGAUGCAAGUAGGUGUGCUAAACACAGAGCUCUUAUCUAAACUCUCAAGAGACACAGCCUCCCAGUCUCCAAUAAUCCAUCUGUCACCUACAUCCUCCACUUCCAUACUGAACCUGCAGCCUGCAAGGCUCUACCCUGUGAUGGCUAAGCACAAAAACCAACAUCCCAUCACACAAGGAUUCAAUCUUACUAGCCUGGGUUGGGCGCAGCAAGAAGCGCGGCUGGGAAAACCUGAAGAGGUUAUCCUGGGUAAAAAUAGUUCUACAUUCUCAUCUCUGAGCCAUUCGCAACCCCUAAAUACAGUGAAAACCCAAAAGAAACUUGGAGUGCAGAACAAGGAGAGCCCUGAGCCAAUCUGCCCUGUAUACUACCGAGGGGCCUGCACAUUUCCAGGUUGUGGGAAAGCCUUUGAAGACCAUCGCCAUUUUCUUAGACACCUUCACAGUGACCAUCAUCUGGAUGACAAAAGCACAGUGCAAUGCCUCAUUCAGACAGAAGUUGUACACAAACUAGAAGAACAGCUUGCUGUAGAGAAAGAGAGACUCCAUCAUAUGCAAAGUCAGAUGAGUGGGAAACUGAACACGCAAGCCUUGCAUCUGUCUCAGAGGGAAUGUGGCCUCAUUCUGCACCCGACCCAUCCCAGUAUUUCGGCUUGGUCCGGCCUCGAUCUCUCCAGUCCUCUGCAAAAGGAAUUCUCUGAUACCAUCUUGGCGCUGAGAAGGCAGCUCUGGGAGGGCAGCAGCCUCAAUAUAUUUCAGAACAUGGCUAACUGCAUUGAAUAUUACAAAACAAACAAUGUCCGACCACCAUUCACAUAUGCCUCGCUCAUUCGAUGGGCUAUACUGGAGUCCCCGCAGAAGCAGCUGGCUUUGAACGAGAUCUAUCACUGGUUCACUAGAAUGUUUGCUUUCUUCCGAUAUAACACAGCCACAUGGAAGAAUGCAGUGCGGCACAACCUGAGUCUCCAUAAGUGUUUUGUGAGAGUUGAAAAUAUUAAGGGGGCCGUGUGGAUGGUGGACGAGUUGGAGUUCCAAAGAAAGAGAGGCGUGAGGAAUUCCCGCUGAUUCCUUGUGCCCAACGGAGAGCAGGUCCUUUCUUAUUGAUCAAACUGCGCCAUGAUCCCUUCCCACAGUGCACCAGGCCAACCAGUAUCAGCUGGGUCCGACUGAUCCAACAACUGUAUGAAUUAUAAUGAAUAAACAUGGCAACAUGAAA